GCUCACUCAUCCUACUAGGCCUCGGCUGGAGAUGCAAUCCUUGUACUUCUCGCUGUCAUUGAUAAUCAGCUAAGCUGACAUUCAUGCAACGUUCAAACUUCGAUAGCCGCCUUUCUAGAGCUGACUUGCAAGUACGAGUAGCAUCGGAAGGCACGAAUGCGUUUUGGGCGUGCUAGACCAAGCAAUCUGGAUCUUGCCCAAUGAUUCGUACAGGGCGAUAUUCACUUGCCAGUUGAGAUCGGAAGGAGAGGCUGACACCAGUCUGCUUGGAUGCCUCUCUCGACUGUCAGCCUACGGCAACCGUAUAAAGUAGCUUUCGCACUGGUGAGUAUCUGGGACCUUCUCUUGGUCUUGGCCCUCACUCAGUACCCCACGCCCGCACGGCAUCCACGGUCUUUCCACCACCACACCAUGUCGAGACACCACCGGUCACUCCUUUUCCUUUUCCUUUCUGCUUCACAUCUAUAUGUUCUCUCUGCGCCUGCCGGCCCCGGAAUGUCUGCCGAAGUGAUCACCGAGACAGUGGUCGAGAUUCCUAGCACUCUUGUACUCUCGCCUGCUAGCACCUCUUCGGACUCGGACGCCCAAGCAUCACCGACGCCGGCUCCCAGCAGCGUCGCAUCUCAAAUCGCUGACGGCUCUCUGACCCUGGUUGCAACUACGCAGACGGUAUUGUUCGUACCUUUUGUGGCUGGGGACUCCUCAACCUCUGGCUUGUCUUCGUCAGCCGUGUUCGCUCAAGAUGUGCUGUCAACCUCCACCCCUCAGCCUACGUCCAAUCCGAACGCCAACGCUGAUAACCUCCAAGUUGCUUCAGAAGCAUACAGCUCGCGGACGACACUCUACGUUCCUUCUUCGUCUUCAUCAACGGUGUCUCGUAUUCAAGCUGAAGCGGCCCCGACCACUCUCAUCAUCAGCUCUUCUCCGCUUGCUACGUCUACUAGCAGCUCCUCUGUCUCGUCGGCAACCACUACCUCUGUUCGUCAUUCAGCCACCGUCUCAAUGUGGGAUCCGAAUCCGACCUCGGAGACGCAGGCAGCGUCCAACGCGAAGAGCCAACAAUCCCGGCGGUCUGCGAUCCUCGCCGCCUUCCUGAUCAUUGGCGUCCUCACGAUGUUCGGCAUCACCUACAGCUGCAUGCGCUUUGACCUUCCCUUGCGUCUUGGCUACGUCCGCCGCAGGUGCGACAGCAAGAAGGUGCGCUUCGCGGAUGCGGAGGACGCCAUUGAUGCCAUUGACCCUGCCUACCCUCCAUCCGUUUCCGAGAAGGAGAAGGACAACAUCGCUCCAGACUCAGCCAUCCUCGCGUACCAGGAAGUCUCCGUCCCCACACUCGCCCGCCAGCGCAACGGCCCCGCCCCUCCCUCGACAGGAAACGGUACACAACCAGACUGGCGCGUCUUCGCGAACUACGAUGGCCAAUUCGAGGACGUCACACACAUCCUCUCGACGGACGUCUUCGCACCGCUCGGCCGGCACGCACGGGAAGGUUCGCGCGGGUCCAUGUCCGUGCUCUCCGGCUCGCGCGACAGCUCGCCCCGCACGAGCGGCGGUGGCGCGAGCUACACGGGCGCGUCGUACAAGUCGUGCGAGUCGCACUACUCCGUGCCGAGCAUGGCCCGCCGUUCUGGGGAGUGCCCCGUCACGCCUGCGCGCGUGCCUGAGCUCGAGGGGGAGUGCACGGCGCCGAACUCCCCGCCCUCGCCGGCGCUCCCGCAGACCCCGCACUCGGUCCACACGGAGCCUGGGGUCCCCGUCGGGUGUGUGGGUAGCAAGGAGCCGCACGAGCUCGUGAGGGGCCUCCGUGAGUCGGCCAGUACGAGCGCGGGCUCAGAGUGGGAUGUCGCGAAGGCGUAUGGGGCGCAUAGCAGCGUGGGUGGGGAUUCUCUGUUGAGCCGCGUUGAGAGCGUUGUGUUUGACGGGCCCAUGGAGAGUGUAGAUGUUGGCGGGAAGAAGUGCGUGCUUGUGCAGGGUUGAAUUGUGUUGUUCGCUUGGGCAUUAUGAAUGGAACGCAAUGCAUUGUGGACGUUGAGAACGCCUGAUGGGACCGCCCUCUGCCCGUUUGUUG